GCUAUUAAAAUAUUAAAAAAAAAAACUCAACUCUCUCCCCCCAUCGGCGGGCGAACUGUCCCACUCGGAGCCAUUCUCAAACCCCCUUCUCCUCAAUAAUUCCGAUCCUCCCUCAUCUCUCUCUCUCUGGUUGAAGAUCGCAAUGCAGCCAUAGGCGGGGAUUCUGGAAGAGGCUGGGGAAUGGUGGACGACGCGAGGGCGAGGAAGCCCCUGCUCCCGCCCAGGGCCCACGCCGGCGCCGCCGCUGCUGCUGGCGGCGGAGGGAGGCGGAUGAUGAGGAAGUGGGCGCUGAAGUUGGGGACGAGCAUCCUGUUGUGGACCGUGAUCAUGCAGCUAACGUCGUUGUUGCAUCCCCGCCUCCCCAAAUCCUGGCCCUCCGGCUGCGUCGAUCGCCGCGGCCGCCCCAACGCCACCAACUCCGUCCUCGACCUCGGCCGCUCUCCGCCGUCGCCGCCGGCGAUCGUCCCCCAAAGGAUUUACAAAAGCAAUGGCUAUCUUCUGGUGUCAUGCAAUGGUGGCUUAAAUCAAAUGCGAGCUGCGAUCUGUGAUAUGGUCACUGUUGCAAGCUAUCUGAAUCUAACCUUGGUAGUUCCUGAACUUGAUAAAACAUCUUUCUGGGCUGAUCCUAGUGACUUUAGGGAUAUAUUUAAUGUUAAUCAUUUCAUUAAUUCCUUGAGUGAUGAAGUAAAGAUCAUCAGAAAACUUCCAGACAAGUUCAGUAGAAAAAUUUCAGACAAGUCUGGUCGAAAAAUUCGCAGGCAAAUAUUCUCUUUGCCUCCCGUCAGCUGGUCCAGUGAGAAAUACUACUUGCGGCAGAUCUUGCCUAUUGUAAGGAGGCACAAGGUGAUCCAUUUUAAUAAAACAGAUGCUCGUCUUGCAAACAAUGGCCUUCCCAUUGAGCUCCAAAAGCUUCGUUGCCGUGUUAAUUAUGAGGCAUUAAAAUUUACACCUCAGAUCGAGGCUUUAGGUGACAAGCUUAUCUCAAUUCUACAGAGAAGUGGGUUCUUUGUUGUGCUUCAUCUGCGAUAUGAGAUGGAUAUGCUAUCUUUUUCUGGUUGUACUCAUGGAUGCUCUGAUGAAGAAACUAAGGAACUCACACGGAUGAGAUAUGCAUAUCCAUGGUGGAAAGAGAAGGAAAUAGUGUCCGAGCAGAAAAGACUAGAAGGUUUAUGCCCUCUUACCCCUGAGGAAAUAUCCUUGGUCUUACAAGCGCUAGGCUUCAUGAGGAACACCCAGAUAUACAUUGCCUCUGGAGAGAUCUAUGGUGGUGAGAGAAGGCUGGCUGCUCUAAGGGCUGCAUAUCCUAAAAUAGUAAGGAAGGAAAUGCUUCUGACUCCUGAUGAGUUGAGGUCUUUCCAGAAUCACUCAACUAAGAUGGCAGCAUUGGACUAUCUGGUUUCUGUUGCAAGUGAUGUUUUUAUUCCGAGUUAUGAUGGUAAUAUGGCAAAAGUUGUAGAGGGACACCGCAGGUUUAGUGGCUUCCGUAAGACCAUUUUGUUGGACAAGAGAGAACUAGUAAAACUUUUGGAUCUCCUCAAAGAUGGGAAACUAUCAUGGAAUCAGUUCUCUAAUGCUGUUCAAGAGGUACACAAGAACCGAAUGGGCCAGCCAGCUAUAAGGAAGGUCAUUCCUGGACGGCCAAAGGAGGAGGAUUAUUUUUAUGCCAAUCCUCAAGAAUGCCUUGCGCUCUAAGGAGUCUAAGCACUGAAUCAGGGCACUCUGAUUUCUGAAGCUGUUGAUAAGUAAUUCUUGUCAUCUUCAUGACCAUGACAUUCUCCUUUUGAGGGUAUGCCAGUGCAUCUGCAGCUUCCUUUGUAUAGCUGACCGAGUUUUUCUCUUUCCA